CUGAAUUUAUUUUACAGAUAUCAGAUAUACCUCGAAUAAGUAACGAUGUAUUUACAGUGUUGCACUAAAUAACAACAAUAUCAUAUAUUAUGAGUAGUGAAGAAAAAGUUUUAUUGCCUCAUCAUGAACAGCAAAACCUAUGUACAACCAGACUUCCGUAUAGGCAAGGAAGAAAAUUAACAGCAGUUAAGGUGUAUACAAUAGCCAGAGAAUCAAAUCAUCUUCUAAUAUUUGGUGUCCCUUCGCUCAACUUACGGCAAGAAACAAAAUCACUUUUCAUUAAGUUUGGAAAGCUUUUACAGUUCAAUAUAUCGACACAACACAAAGCGGACAUAUUCACAGAGACGUACCAUGCACAAUUUGAAAGAAUACAUACGGCAAGAAUAGCCAAAAAGAUGCUCGAUACUAAAAACUUUUAUGGAGGCAUAUUGCAUGUUUGUUACGCCCCUGAAUUGGAAAGUAUUGAAGAAACUCGUUUAAAAUUACUUACAAGACAUAAUGAUGUUGUUUUUAGAUUGAAAAACUUAGAGAAAGAGAGAGUUGAAAAGAAGGAACAUCCAAAAGAUGAUAAAGUUGAGAUACAGACGAAAAAACUAAACAUGGGUGUUAUAAAUACUAUUUCAUUUGGUGAGGAGAUUAAAGAUAUUUCAUGCAAACGGAAGAAGGAAUAUUCUCAGUCUCCUGUUAUAUCUAAGCAAUUUAAACCAUGUUUUGUUGACAAAGUUAAAAAUACACAAAGUGAGACUUCUAUUGAGCAAAAGGAUAUAGAAAUUGUAGAUUGUACUUCAGUUGAGAAAGAGGUUGUGUCAAAUAUUGAUGAAGCGUUGAAUUAUAAAAACUUUGGUAAUGAAGUUGUUAGAAAGGUGUCAGAAAAGCCAAUCAAUAAAAUAAAGUUUACUUUGCAUAAGAGUUGAUUUUGAGUUUGUUUUUUACCUACAUCUUAUGUGCGUGCCAUAAUUAACAUAAUUCCAUCUAUAUAUCCAUCCUUCUCUAACCUAAUAGCCUAAACACAUGAUCGGAUUUGGUACGGCCGAACCAUCGGACAAGCUCGCGUCUCA